ACCUAGCUAUCCCAUACCGAGAGCGCAUGCGCGCCCACUGCCCACAGGUCAAAGCCAGACAUCCUCACAGGAGGCGGCCCGAGGCCCAACUGAAUUAGGCAGCCGCGUCAGCUCAGGAACCAGCGCUUGCCAGAUAUGGAUGGGCGCGUCACACUCGCACGGCCACACGCCGUCCUGCUCGUGCUCCUGCUCCUCGCCGCCGCGGAGGCGUCAGCGGCGGCGGCGCCAGCCUCCAAGCAGCAGUGCCACUCCGGCGACAGGGCGGCGCUGCUCGCCGUCAAGGCGGCCUUCGGCAACGCCUCCUACUUCAUCUCAUGGACGGCCGACAUCCCGUGCUGCCACUGGUUCGGCGUCCGCUGCGACGACGCGGAAUCCUCCUCCUCGACACCCGCGGGCGGCCGCCGCGUCGUCAGCCUGGCCAUCAUGCGGGACGCCAACAUCCGCGGCCCCGUGCCCGGCGCCGCCAUCGCCCGCCUCACCGCCCUCCAAGAGCUUCUGUUCCUCCACGUGCCCGGCGUGUCGGGCACCAUCCCCCGGGCCCUCACCCGCCUCUCCGCCCUCAUGGACCUCACCAUCUCCCGCACCGGCGUGUCGGGCCAGGUCCCGGCGUUCCUCGGCGACCUCCGCGCGCUCAGGUCCCUGGACCUCUCCUUCAACGCGCUCACGGGCGCCAUCCCGGCGACCCUCGCCGCGCUCCCGCGCCUGGCCAGCGUCGACCUCGGACACAACCGCCUCACGGGCGCCAUCCCGCCGCUGCUCCUCGUCAACUCCGGCGCGGAGGCGUUCCUCACCCUGUCGCACAACAACCUCUCCGGGAGCGUCCCCGCCGAGUUCGCAUCCGUCAGCUUCGUCCAGGUGGACCUGUCCCGCAACGCGCUCGCCGGAGACGCGUCCGUCCUGUUCGGCCGCGGGAAGCCGCUGCUGGUCAGCGUCAACCUCUCGCGCAACGCCUUCAGCUUCGACAUGUCCCGGCUGGAGCUCCCCGAGCGGCUCGCGUCACUGGACGUCAGCCACAACGGGAUCCACGGCGGCGUCCCGGCGGCGGCGGGGAACCUGAGCCAGCUCAUGUUCUUCAACGUCAGCUACAACCAGCUCUGCGGCCAGCUGCCGAGGGGCUUGGCCGCAUUCGAGGUCUACAGCUUCCGGCACAACAAGUGCCUCUGCGGCGCGCCCCUUCCGGCUUGCCAAGCGUAACUCCAUCUAUCCUAAUAAUAAACUAAUAAAGUGCUGGUAACGCUGUCUGUUUGUUUUCCUCUUAAAUUAAAUAAGCUGGAUUAUGAUAAAAGGUAAUUUAAAUAAGCUGGAUUAUGUAAAAGGUAGUAAGGUAAAAGAUCAUCAUGAAAGCUUAUUUCAGAUUA